CGGCGAGGCGCGGACCCCCGUUGUGGGCGACUCUCCGUUUUUUCCCGGCUCGGCGACGACCGCGACGGCGGGAGCGACGGGACCGACGACGACGACGACGACGACACACGGCGGCGACGACGACGACGCGGCGGGAGCGAGAGAGCGACAGAGAGGGCGAAACGCGCGAGCGCGAGCGUGCGGUGCGGUGCGGGCGACCUUUGAAAUACCCGACGCGUACGUUUAUUAUUAUGUGAUCGCGGUUGACGCGCGCGGGUUGACGGCACGAGAAGGUAGACGAGUGGACGACGGGAAGGAAGCCGACGAGGGAAAGAUGCGGAGCAGCGACGUUUUCUGCUAUCUCAUCGUGGCGAGUCUCGCCGUUCUGUCGACGCUCGGUCGCGCAGAGGGCGAUGACGAACAACCGCACAGGCCGUGUAACGCUUCGGUACUCAUCGUGCAGUGCGGUAAGAAUCAGAGGUGCCUUGAAACCAGCACCGGCCAGCAGUUCUGCGAGUGCCAACGAGAUUUUUAUUUUGCGAAUGUUGGCGAAUGUGUUAGGAUUAAAUCCACGGCGGAGACCGUCGACGUUACCACCGUCAGGCCAGAGCAGAGGUCCGAGUCAGGAGGUAGCUCCGUAGCCGCCGGUCUGCUGAUACCCACCUUCCUCAUAGUAGUCGGUGUAUUGCUGUAUUUCGGCGCGAGACGAUACAAAUGGCUACAACGAUUUCGGCAGUAUCGUCACAAUCGUUACGGCAAUGUCAUAGUCACGAGAGACGAUGACGACGACGACGACCCACCGAUAGCGUAAAAUGAUAAAUAAAAUGUAAGGGAGAAUUAUAAAGAUGCACAGGCCGCGCGUGUACCAAACAAUCGAACUUGAAUAUAGGUGCGAUGUAUGCUUGUCUGACGAUAGAACGUAUGUGGUACGAGGCUGUAGUGGACUUUGAUGCGGGAAUACACAUAUAUAUACAUUCGGUCAGCAAUGCUUGUUUGAUUCCUUUAGGAAUCGUCACUACGUAAUUCCGUGCGAGUAUCAGCAGGAGAGCUAUUGGGUGCACGAGAAGCGAGGAACGAAAAUGAAUUAAGAGGCCAAAUGUAAAGAUGCACUUGCGCGAGUAAUUAUGCUUUUAUGAUUAAUCCAGAGAUGGAUUAUCGAUACGUCUCUCAAUUGGACAUAUACGAAAACGAAACAAUACCGUUAAUGUAAUAAGAUUAUAUUAAAAUUAGAUACUUUUAUUAUAUAAUUUAUAUAACAAAAUUAUAUAAUUUUAAUGGUAAUAUAAUUGUAAUAAUUAUAUAUUUUUAGCUCUAAAAGAUGGAAUAUUUUUUGACGUAAUUUUUUAUUCACACUUUUUUUAUUCAUUGAGGACGUAAAAGCAUUAUUACUCUCACGCUAGUCGCCGAAUCUAUAUUUAUAUGUGAUGAUUGUAAGGAAUAUAAGGCAUAAUGGAUUAUGUUUAUGAUAAUUUUAAGCAUUCACUGAGAGCAUAAUUUUUUUACAUUGAUAUUAAUAAGCUGGUCAGUAAAUAUUACUAUUAAUAAUAAGUGUAUAAUAAUCAGGUGAUCGUUCUUUCAUCACCAUCCUCGCUGUAGCUGAAAUUUAGGAAGAUUAUAUUAAAUGUUGUGUCAUUAUUGUGGAUAAGAAUAAGUCUAUUAUCUUUUACAACGAUAUUCGAUGAAGUCAUGUGAUUAAUAUACUGAAUUUAUCUUC